AUGAACCCACAACUUUCCUUUGAUAAACUCGUUGUUACCAAAUCAAAAAGAGGGAGAAAAGCCCUUGCCGUAAGCGAUGACCAUGUGGACCUAACUGGUAAAUCUCAUAUUAUGACGGUCAAAAGGUCAAAUCCUCCAACGACAAAGAAGAAAGCUCCAAAGGUUCCAAAGGUUUCAAAGGCUCCAAAAGCCAUAAAACAAAGCAAUAAUUAUUGCAGACGAUGUGAGCAAAAUGAUGAGUAUUUUGACGUUCUUUAUAAUCGAAUUGAAAAAUUAGAAAGUUUGGUGAAUAAGUUAUCUCAUACGAAAAUAUACAAUAAUACAUCUAAACCGUUGUCACAUAUUGGAAUAGAGG